GAAGUUCAAGUCAAACCAGUUCCAUUUUAGCGUUCGAGCGGCGCGCACGCGUUUCGUAUUUGGAAUUGACGGCAUUUAAAAAAAGUCGGAUUUCGAACUAAUUUCGUGUUGUAUGCCAGUGUGUUUUGUUGGAGGUGUAUUGCUGUGUUGGAAAUAUAAAUCUGUAACGGUUUUGUUAGUUUUGAAUAGUAAAUCGUAAAUAGGUUGUGUUUCGUCACUGGUGGGGGUAUUAUUUUUAGCAUUUAGCUUGUUAAAGCUGUUGGUGUGAUGUGAGACGGAUCUUAAUUUAGCGGUGCACAUGAGUGUGAACGCAGAGCCCAUCUGCAGUAAUUAAAGUAAAAUGAAAAAGAAGAGAAAACCAAACAGCGAAGUGAAAUAAAUAUAACAAAAAAAUAUUUUAAAAGCAUUUAUUUAUAAAAAAAGCUCGCAUGGUUUAAACGGACUUUAUCCAGACAGAGACUGGGAGUGAAAUAAAAAAAACAAAAUAAAAAAAAAAACACGGCUCUUUAUACAACUUACUCGUAUUCAUAAACAAACUUCAGGCCAUUUUCGAAAUCGGAACACAAAUAAGUAAUCGCCGUUUAAAAGGUGAUCGCUUUUGUUUAAACAUUUUUGGGACUGCCGCCUUUUUAUGUUUAUUUACCGUUUAAAGUAUUUUCGAAAAACAGUGGGAGUGCAAACACUCGAUUUUUGAACGCAGUUGAUAUUCUAGUCGGUAAUAAAUUAAGAAAAAGUAAAAAAAACGCGGGAAAGUGAAGUGACAUUUCGUGAAAUUUGACAUUUGGUGGUUUGGCGCCGUUUUUGGUAAUUUUUUGAGUGGGAUUGUCGUGAAAUUGUGUCAAAGUGGCUGGAGACGAGCAUUUGGACAUGUUGGGGGGGCCCGAAUGGGGGCAACGGGAGUCCAGCCCCCCUAGAGACGCUCCCCUGCCGAGUUUCGGCUUCACACAGGAGCAAGUCGCGUGCGUUUGUGAGGUACUACAACAGGCGGGUAACAUAGAACGCCUAGGCCGUUUCCUGUGGUCCCUGCCGGCUUGCGAGCGCCUCCAUGCACACGAGUCAGUCCUCAAAGCAAAGGCCAUGGUGGCCUUCCAUAGAGGCAACUUCAAGGAGUUGUACCGGCUGCUGGAGUCACAUACCUUCAGUCCGCACAACCAUCCCAAGUUACAGAGCUUAUGGCUAAAAGCACAUUAUAUGGAAGCAGAGAGGCUUCGCGGACGGCCUCUCGGCGCCGUCGGUAAAUACCGCGUCCGACGCAAGUUUCCUCUGCCCAGGACUAUAUGGGAUGGAGAAGAAACUUCAUAUUGUUUUAAAGAAAAGUCCCGAUCAGUGCUACGUGACUGGUACCUCCAUAAUCCGUACCCCUCGCCCAGAGAGAAACGGGAACUAGCAGAGACCACCGGUCUAACUACGGUACAAGUUUCAAAUUGGUUCAAAAACAGGCGGCAGCGAGACAGACAAGCCGAACACAAGGAUAGCAGCGGCGGGCCGGGCGACAAGCAGCUGGACUCGUCGUCGGACUCGGACUCGGACGCGGCGGCCGGCGCGGCGCACGCGCUGGCGACGCACGCGCCGGCGCCGCUCUACCCGCUCUACGAGCACCCGCUCGCGCACCUGCAGUACCAUCACUCGUGACCCACGCACCACCACCACUAGCUCCAGCACCAGGGACCCCAUUCUCCUAAUUUUACUUGAAUUCCCCAGUUAAAUAGCCAUUCACAAACUGACAACGAAGAUGAGCAAUAAAAUUGAUAAAACCAAUUCAAUCCUCAAUAUCAUAGUCAUAAAUAAGCCAUCACUUAAGAUAUCUCUACUAAAUUUAUGUUCUACAUGGUUAAUUAUAAUAAAGAAUCAAUUAACAAAUCUGAUCUGACGUGACGUAGCGCAAAAUUCGUAGUUAUGUAAACACACAAAAUUGAAAUCACAAGGGGCGGGAUUCUACAAAUUUUACUUAAGCGACAUACGAUUCACAUCCGAAUGAGAUCCAAACACGACUCAAUUACGAUUGCAUUCUGCUAUUUUUUCUUUAAAAUAAACGUUUUUAUCCGAUUCUGUGAUUCAAUAAUGAAUCAUAUUGUCUGCAAAUUAUUUACGAUUGCAAAAUGAUUGUAGAGCAAACUACCUGCUAGAGCAAAUGGCAGACCAAUCAAAUGUCAUUGGAAUGCGAUUGGUCUUAUAUUAAUAGCAGAAUGCUCGCUAAGGUUAAAACUGCUAUUGCGAUUCGAUUUACAUUCAAUUUUCACGUUAAUAACUUAACAGAAUUAGGCCCCAGUGGUUUUAAUAAAAGCGGUGGUUUGCAUGCGGUGGACUUGGGCCUUGACCAAUAAGAGGAAACACGUCAUAACACUUUGUUUUACAUAAAAUUAUGAUUCGGUAAGAUGUUAUCGCUUUCUAUUACGUUUAUUGAUAUUAUCGUUGAGUUCAUUAUUCAAGCAAGAAUGACUUACCUACGUUUGUACAUUCAGGGUCUUAGCAAAACAAACAAACUCUAAAUUAUAUCUGUUAGUAAAAAAUAUUUGCGAUGUAAAUCACUUCAUGACGGAUGAUCUUACGAUGAUCGAGUUUGACAAGUUAAUCGAAGCUACUGCAUGUUUUAAGCACUUCUCACCCAAUCAACAAAGGUUAAUAGAAACAGCUUAUUUUGUUACACAUUCAAAAUAAUCAUUUGAUUUUCGGUGGGAACUGUAUGAGUAUAAUAAUUAACAAAACGUAGAUACGAUGUAGUUUUAAUAAAUUAGUUGUUUGUUUCAAAAACUCAACCUCAAACUCAUUUAUUCAAACUCGGCUGCAAAACACCUCUUUUUGAACGUUAAAAUUUACAAAAGACGACCCCCAAAACGCAAACCCUUCACCACUUUCUAUUUGUUUUUGCUCUGAAGAAGUGGCGCAACAAACUCCCCAGCAACACAUGUCUGUUAGAAGAACCUUUUACAAUAUUUUCUUACACGAUAAGUGUUUUUACAACGAAUGCAGAAUAACGAAAUAAAGUUACUAAUUUCUAGCAAGAAUUGCAUUACUCUUGUUUCUAAGUACCUUGAGAUAUGAUAAUAUGCUUUGCAAGGUAAAAUAAAGAUAAUGUACUGACAACAACCAAUCGUGAUGGUCACGCAAGUAGGGCUGCCAUCUCGAAUUUUGCCAAACCCGGACAAACAUUAAUAAAAUCCGGACAUUUGGCGUAAAUCGCAUUUUUUCCCCGAACGAGUCGAUUUUUUUGUAAUCCAUUUACUAUUAACAUAAACUUCAAUUCAAUGAGGUAUUUUCUUACAUGAAAAGUGUCCGGGUUUUCCCCGGGUUUUCCCCGAACACUUCUUGUACCCCCGCCCAGACGGCCCCCGGACGGCCUCCAAACGAGGACAAAUCCGGGGAAACCCGGACGGAUGGCAGCCCUAACUGCAAGAGACAGCGUGUUAACAAAAAAAAUACAUAAGUACAGCAUUAUAAUUUAACACAAUACCUACAAAAAAUGGUCCCCGAAUUAUAUGAAGUAUAAACAUGUGUAAAGGCGAUGUAAUUGCCUUUUAACCAACUGCCAGAAAAUGGACACUGUAUAUCAUAUUCGUGAAAUUCUGCCAUCAAUUUUAAGAUACCUAUAAGCAUUUAUUGGAAGUUUUUGACAAUUAUUCAUGUAUUUUUUAAGAAAUCUCAUCAAAUCUUUUACUAUUCAUUCACUCUACUUGAAAAAUACAAUUUAAAAUGUCCAGGAGGUAAAUCAGCGAACUUUUCAAUUAAGUAAUAAUUCACUGUUCAAGCAUUUAAUUAUAGGUACAUAGUAAUAUAAAUUACUGUUUAUAUUUUGUAGCGAAGAAAAACUUCAAUGGACGAAAAUUGGAUCUAUACUCCACAAUAAAGAUUUUUCGAAAAUUUGAUACAUAUCACAAAUCAAUACACAGUUAUGAAAUCCAUUUUAGCUGUAAUUUAAAUUGUAAAAAUAAUGCUAAGUCAACACUGUUUAUGUCCAAAAUUUUAAAUUAAGUUUUUCAAAUUAUUUGUGAUUUAACACAUGGCUUCCUACAGCGAUAAGUUUAAGAUACCUAGAUAUUUUUAAUUUAUUAUUUAAUUAUUUUGUACAAUUAUUAUAAAUAAAAUACCAAUUAUAAAAUUAAGUUCUAUGUUAUAGUUGUUUUAUAAUAUUGUAAUAUUCUACAUGAGAUCUGCUUUUUUAAGAGCCGGUUUUUUAAUCGUCAUUCAACUUUUAUCUAAAGAAUAUUAUGUACUUGACGUUUUGACAGCGUUUGUAUAGAAAAUAGUUAUGUCAAACCGCUAUAUGAAUUCCUUAGAUGGAAGUUAAGGCGAGGAAGUGGUCAACAAUAAUUCCAUAACCGGCACGCGCAUCUAAGGCGCCAAAAGGGGUCGGAGCGUCUGAGCGGGGCGAGGAUAACAAUACGCGCGCUAGCUUAUAACUAAAAGUCGUAAGCGACAAAAUGGUUUUGUAAUUUUAUUAUUUAGAAAUGAUAAUUUGAUAAAAAAUCCUACUACAAUUUUAAAGAGUAUGUAUAUACUCAACUACUAAAAAAGUUAAGAGGCUUUAAUCGGUCCCGUUUGCCCAUAAUAUGUGAAUCUCUUUUUAAAAAGAGGUAUGUUUGAUAUAUUUUUCUCUGUUAUAAAAGUUACCUAAUCAUGUUUCUACAACUAACAAAAUAAGGUUUAUAUCAUGAACUUUCAGGUAACCAAGUUGUAUUUUGAUCCGUUUUGUAUUUACUGAGAAAAAUUGACAUCCUUGGCGCCAAAAAUUCCAAUUCGUCCUCUUAAUUAAUGAUUGAAAAAUCGGCCUUAAAUUAUAUAGGUAAUACGAUUUAAACAAAUAGGUAUAUAGAUCUUAUUUAUAGUAACUAAUGAAGCUGUUUUAAUUUAAAGUUAAAUGUUUAUUAUUUUUUAGCAUCAUCAAGAAUAAAGUUCAUACUGCUUACGAAAUUCGUUAAAAUUAAUAAUAUGUAUUUGAAUACCUAGGCUUGUAUUGAAUUAAUGAUGUACCUCUAAAUAACUGUUCUUUCUCGGUGGUUUGAAAAUAAAUACAAUUCUACAUAACUAACAUUAUACAUAAUACACAUUCUAGCUUCUUAUGCAAUAAAUAGAUAAUAAAUAAAAAAUACUUGUGAUAAUUCAAACUCAUUUGCAGUUUUUUAUUUAUUAAAAUAUUUUUUUUGUCACAUCCAACACAGAACCUGUUAAUAUAUUAUUAUUUAUUGAAUAAGUGAAAUAGUAAAAUAAUUUAUUGAAUUAAUAACACACACAACGUGCUGUACAAUAUAAUUUUAGUUCAUAUUAAGCUGAUUAUUAUUAUUUGGUAUCUUUUUAAACAAACGUGUGUUGUUCA